GUCAAGCCACGGAUCAUAACCCAUUGAGUCCACUACUGUUGUCGAAAUACAUCCAGGGUACACUGUCACACACUCUACCCAAAAAUGAAGACGCCCUUCGCCACUGUGAUCCUGCUGGGUCUAUCAUCCGCCAGCCCAGUAUCCAUCGAGACACGCCAGAGCCAGAGCGUCGGCACCGGCCCGUUUGCGCCAGCGGUAUAGACGAGUGUCCGCUGUGCCACUAAUGUCCUCUGCUGACACAAUCUUCCCACAGGGAUACUACACAACCGACACUCUCAGCGGCCACACCUUUUACGCCCCCAAGACCGUCCCGGCUGGCACCAAGCUCCCCGUCCUGCUCUGGGGCAACGGCGGCUGCUCGGCCGACGCCACAGGCCAGGCGCCCUUCCUGACCCAGCUGGCCUCGCACGGCGUCCUCGUCAUCGCAAGCGGCACGCCGGGCGGCAGCGGCACGACCACGGCGGCCUUCAUGACGCAGUCGAUUGACUUCAUCGCCAAGGUCGCGGGCACGGGAUCGUGGGCCAGCAUUGACGCGUCGCGCAUUGCGGCGGCGGGCUGGAGCUGCGGCGGCAUUGAGGCGUACGCGCAAAUCUGGGACGACCGCGUGCAGAGCAUCGGUAUCUGGAACUCGGGCCUGCUGACCAACUAUACGGCGGCCGGCAGCUUUCGCAAGCCCGUCUUCUUCUUUCUGGGGGGCCCGUCCGACAUUGCGUACCAGAACGGCGAGCGGGACUAUGCGGCCAUGCCCGCGGGGGUGCCCAAGUGGAAGGGUAACCUGGCGGUGGGUCAUGGGGGGACGUAUACCCAGGCUAAUGGGGGUAAAUUUGGGGUUAUUGGCGCGCAUUGGGUGCAGUGGAUUCUGAGGGGGAAUGUCUCGGCGGGGGAGUAUCUGAGUGGGAAUGGCGCGACGAGCGAUGGUUGGUCUGUGGUGUCUGCUGACUUGGAUAAGAUCCAAGUUGCGCCGAUUGCUUGACGCGGUGAUCAGGGGGUCUGUACUACCGAUCGAGAGGCUUUGUCCCCUUUUCUUGUUCGCAUCAUCCCCUGACCAUGAUGAUCAUGAAGCUUUCCACUGUUGAGCAGAUCCGGCUUUCGUACUCGUACUGUAGCUCUCCAGACAGACUCAAUCACAACAGUGCCAGCCUUGAGCAGCCUGCUCCUGCCGGCCUAGCAGGAGCCAUGUCCGUAGGUGCCUACACGCUCGGUUGAGACGAGCAUAAGGGCGGGGAGGAUUCUUUGAUGUGUGUUGGUAUCAAUCAACCUGGUUGGUGCGCAGGAUCGGGUCGAUGCUACG